UUUGCCAACCAUCAACCUCCAAUUCUUUGCAGCAGAAGGAUGCUGUCUCAGCGGUUUUUGACCCGGCGCCUGCCCCAGGUGGCCGUUCGUUAUAACAACCCCCGCGCCUUUUUCUCUCAAAGCAGGAUUCUUGCGGCUGCAGAGCUUGAUGAUCCUUUGCAGAAUGGUAAUUACCAGAACCCUCCUCGCGUUAAGCGUGCCUUCAGAGACCCUCAUGGCGACUGGUGGGACAAGCAAGAGAGACGGAAUUUUGGAGAGCCAGUCCACGAGGAAAACGAAAUUCUCGGGGUUUUCAGUCCUGAACAGUAUACUCACGUUACGUCCCGUAAGGGCUUCUUCCACCUGGGCGUGUUCGUUGCAACCUUCCUUGGAUUCUGUGGUAUCGUGAGCUUCUACUAUCCAGACAAGCCUAGCGUUCCCAGAACAUAUCCGGAAGGCUUGGAGAAGGAACUUGGAGGACCCAAUGCUGUUAGCGCCCGCAAAUCCGGCGAGGACUCUUGGUGAUUGAUUGAUGUUUGCUUUCUUCCCCUGUUGUGUAAAUAAGUACAGUACAAUUCUCUUUUCGGCGUCAAUCGAAGGUCUGAUUGUCGACAAUUUCAGGUGUGAGGGCUGCUCUUCACCGCUUGGCCUGUUAGCCUCCUGGCGCUCUUCAGCGUCUCAGCUUCUAUUCCAUACCCGGGCUUUUAGGCUGACGUAGGGUGUACAUGCCCAAUAUCUAACCAACCUGCCUCAACAAAAUGACGGGAAUCAGGAGGAAGUGAAGAUGAUAGUCGAGGGGACAUCAAACAAUCAUUAUAGUGUACCAUGUACCCUCUCUGUUCAAGGUUUCAGAUGCUUUAAAUGGGAUUAAACGGAAACUAAAGAAUAAACC